AUGUCGGGAGAUGUGGUUGGUGUGUGGGAAGUUGCUCUGAGUGACGGCGUUCACCGGAUAGAGUUCGAACAUGGAACAACUACAGGAAAACGAGUUGUUUACAUCAAUGGAAAGGAAGUGCUGAGGAGAGAUUGGAUGUUUAAACUCGUUGGUAAAGAAACAUUUCCUGUCGGGAGCACGGGAGCCAAAGCGACCAUAAACAUUGAGGCAGUCACUGGCUUUGCCUAUGAGUACACACUGGAGAUCAAUGGAAAAAGCCUCCAGGCAUUCAUGGACAAUCGGUCCAAGAUCUCUAGAAGUUGGGUGCUCAAGCUUGACGGAGCAGACUGCAGGAUAGUGCUUGAGAAAGACACCAUGGACGUGUGGUGCAAUGGACAAAGGUUGGAAACUAUGGGAGAAUUUGCAGACAAUGGCACGGAGACACACUUUGGUGUGGGGAAUCACGAGUGUUGCAUCAAGGCUAUAAGCAGCGGGAGGAAAAGGAAAGGCAUCGUUCACACUUUAUUCGUGGAUGGCAUGAUUGUGCCGGAAGCCUCGGAAUGA